GGAAUUUCAUACCAUAUGACGUUUAGUGCUUCUAAUGUAACCUAUUCAAAUUGACUACGCACUUUAGCAGUAGUGUACUAGUUGGCCAAUCCGUGGUUGUUGGAACCUCAAGUAACAUUCGACCUUGAGUUGGAUAUGCAUUUCUCGAAAGAUAUCAUUAUUUUGCUCGAUAUCAGCUAGUCACUUCAUCGAUUAUUGUUCAACUUAAAAGUCUGUGGACUCGCUACGACUCUGGUGAUAUAUGUGGAGUCGAAGUAUGCCAGAGUUCAUGCCAGCCGAUAUCAAUCAAGAACCAACCUUGAAUGGGAUGCAGGUCCAAAGGGUACAAUCACGCAUAACUAUACAGUCCAAUAAAUACUGUGACUGAGAACUGUAGGAAGAUUUUUGUGAAUAUGCAAACUGUAUCCAAAGGCCAGCAAAUUCUAAAACAUAAACUGGAGUCUUAGUGCAAUUGGGGCUGGGGAAUGGUUGACAGCAUCUGCAGUAUGACUUUGCUACCCAGGAAUUAAAAAAAAAAAAAAAACCUUAUAGAUUCUCUUUUUUCUUCAAUGUCUAAUGGCUCCUUAUUCUGGCCCAUGCCAAAAAAUAAAUUGAAACUAGAUGCACCAUUUAUAGCAGCAAUCAGGCUACAUUAUAAUUACUCUUUUACUAGCCAUUUUGAUGUUUUUCCUACUUUUAUGUCCUAUGGGGCCUAUUCUGUCAUGUCAUUGUUUUCUUGCUGUGGAGAAGAUUAUUAGAAAAACAGAGUGAAUAUUGUCACAGCAAUGGCAGAAGAUGGAAAGUUGGAAGUGAGAAGCAAGACCACUAAUUUCGGACAAAGGAAGUCCGAAGAAAGUGGUAGACACAAAUAUCGUAGCAGUUCACACUCCCAGAACCUGCUCCAAGGCUUGGUGGCUCUGCGUAGUAGUGGUGUCCUUUUUGAUGUUGUGCUCUUCGUGGAAGGAAAGCCUAUUGAGGCGCACCGCAUACUCCUAGCUGCAUCUUGUGAUUACUUUCGUGGUAUGUUUGCUGGUGGCUUGCGUGAAAUGCAAGAGAAUGAAGUCCAGGUCCACGGAGUCUCCUAUAAGGCUAUGUGCACAAUUGUGGACUUCAUUUACACUUCUGAGCUUGAACUCAGCGUGGACAAUGUUCAAGAUAUCCUUUCUGCUGCCUGCCUUCUUCAGAUGCAAGAUGUGAUCAGUUUCUGUUGUGAUUUUUUGAUUUUCUGGGUGGAUGAAGAAAACAUUCUGGAGGUGUACAGGCUAGCUGAAAUGUUUGGACUAAGUCAGCUGUGUGAAAAAGUCGAUGCUUACAUCUUCAAGAAUUUAUUGACAUUUUCUAGAACUCCAGUCUACCGCCAGCUGCCUUUUGAUAAGGUCUAUACUCUUCUGUCUAGUAACAAGUUGGAGGUCAGCUCAGAAAAUGAAGUGUAUGAGGCAUGUCUCCAUUACUAUUACACACCUGAGCAAGUGGAGAACAACCAGGUGUCUCUAAAGAACUCACUGAAACUUCUAGAGACUGUUCGAUUCACUCUAAUGGAAAAACACAUACUUAAAAGACUUUACAGUAAAUUGGAUAACUGUCCUCUGCGCAAGAUGCUAUGGUCAGCAUUGCACUACCAUGAAAUGGAAGAGCUACAGCCAGUGCUACAGAGUCCUCAAACGCAGCUGCGCUCAGAGUUCAAAUGCAUUGUGGGUUUUGGAGGCAUGUACUCCUCUCGGAUGGAUACCAUUAGCAAUGAAGCAAAAUUUCUCAACCCAGUCACUAAUGAAUGGACAAGCCUGACUACGACUAGAGCACCUCGGAUGUCUAAUCAAGGCAUUGCAGUGCUGAACAAUUUUGUCUAUCUCAUUGGUGGUGACAACAACACCAGUGGCUUUCGGGCUGAGUCAAGGUGUUGGAGGUAUGAUCCUCGUCAUAACAGCUGGUUUCAGAUUCAGUCUCUGCAACAGCAACAUGCAGAUCACUGUAUAUGUGCCGCUGGAGAUUACCUCUAUGCUAUUGCCGGACGAGAUUAUCGUAAGGAACUUAAAGUGGUAGAACGCUAUAGCCCUCAAACAAACACCUGGGAAUAUGUGGCACCCUUAGAAAAUGAGGUGUACGCUCAUGCUGGAACUGUAGCCGGAGGAAAGAUUUACAUAACAUGUGGACGUAGAGGAUGUCACUACCUGAAAGAGACCAUCUGUUAUGACCCACAGACAGAUACAUGGGAAAGCAAGGCUGACAGUUUAAUCUGCCGUGCCUGGCAUGGCAUGGCGGAGCUUGGUGGCAGUUUAUAUGUCAUUGGUGGCAGUAAUGACAACUAUGGCACCCGCAAGGAUGUACUGGUGGUUGCUUGCUACAAUCCAGCCACUAAUGAAUGGACAUCAGUCAACCCAUUACCUGCUGGGCAUGGAGAAGCUGGUAUUGCUGUUCUGGACAAUCAAAUUUAUGUACUAGGUGGCCGUUCUCAUGACCGUUGCAACCUAAUGGAUUAUGUUCAUAUUUAUGAUGCUGCAAAGGAUAUCUGGUUAAAUGGAACAUGCCUUGAAGAUGACCUUUCUGGCCUAGCUGCCUGUGUUGUGAUUCUUCCUCGCUCUGUUGUAAUGGAUACUGAAAACAGGACCACAGAGCAUCUUGCAUUUGGAGUACCAGUUAACCAAGGCUUAGAUGAUUUACUAAGUGCAGAUGACUGGGAUGAAUCUGAGAAUUCUAGUGAGGACUGAAAACAAGUACAAUGCCUAAUUCCAGCUUCAAAGACUUAACCUGCAUCUUUAUAUUGUAAUAUUUAUGCAGAAAAAAUUAUCUGAAAGCCUUUUGUUGUUACGUAUUUGACUUAAAAUAUUCAAAAAGUAGUAUUGCAUUUUAUAGACCUAUUCCUUAUUUGGUUGGGUUUUCAUAGCCAUAUCAAUUUAAGCCAAUUAUCAUAUGUCUAUGCUGGUUAAAAAAGGUAACUCCUGGAGCAGAAUCUCAUUUAAAAGAAAGUUUUCAAUAACAUAAUUUAGCCUUAAGAAUGAUUUCACAUUAAUUGUAACAAGUAUAAACAUACAUAUUCAAUGUUUCCCUUAAUAUAAAAUGGAAGAAUAUCUUCUGUUUUACAGUGAAUUUAAUUUACACGCAUCUUCAUAAAAUUGUCCAAACCUUUCUUGAUAAAUAAAGAAGAAAUUUUCAUUUGGCAAAUCUUAUUACUUAUAGGCAGAAUUUUACUCAGUCUAGUUCCUAAAUAAUUAUUUGUAUUUUCCCGUAUAAGGAAGUGAGCAUGUGGUUUUCCCCUAUUGUGUAACAAACUGUAUGACUGGAAGAUAUUACAUUAUUGUGCCAAAACAGAUCAUAAUAAAGUCAGACAUUAACUGUAAA